AUGCCUGUUCCGUUAAUACAAAAGGCGAUUCUGGAUGGACUGGAAACAGUGCCCAACUCGGCUGUGCUGCUCAAGCUCCUUCCCGCCGUGCUGGUCAUCUACCUGGUCAGGCGAUGGUUCCAAGGAGCCACAAACACGUCCGAGAGGACCAUGCAUGGCAAGGUCGUCAUGAUCACCGGUGGCACUUCUGGUAUAGGUGCUGAAGUCGCGCGCGAUCUGGCCACAAGAGGCGCUCAACUCGUCCUUCUUACCCAGCACGCAUUGGACGACUUCUUUUUGGUCGAGUACAUCGAAGAGCUGCGCGAUCGCUCAAACAACGAACUCGUCACGGCCGCCCAGGUCGACCUCACCUCCCUCCAUUCGAUCCGUCAGUUCGCGACCAAAUGGGUCGACAAUGCGCCGCCGAGACGCCUCGACAUGAUUAUCCUCUGCGCAGACACUCUCACUCCCAAGGGCGGAAAGAUUACAAAGACCGACGACGAUGUCGAGAUCAACUGGGGCUUGAACUACCUGGCCAACUUCCACCUUCUCAGCAUCCUGUCUCCUGCUAUUCGUGCCCAGCCACCAGACCGCGAUGUCCGCAUCAUCAUGGCAACCUGCAGCUCCUACAUUGGCGGCGUCCUUCCGGUCACAGGCAACAAGGACGCAAAAGUCAGGCAGAAAGAAAGAGCAGAGAGAUUCGACCCAUACUCGGCAUACGCGUCGUCCAAACUCGCCAUGAUGGCCUUUGCCCAGUCCUUCCAGAAACAUCUUUCCGUCUACGCUCGUCCCGACAAGAACCCCAUGAACGCCCGCGUCAUCAUCGUCGAUCCGGGUCAAACUCGCACCCCCGGUAUGCGUCGCUACCUCACCUGGGGCUCUCUCACCGGCCUCUUCCUCUACCUCCUCUGCUAUCCUCUCUGGUACAUUAUCCUCAAAUCCCCUUCCCAAGGUGCUCAAUCCUUCCUCUACGCCGCCAUGGAAGCUCAAUGGGGAAGAGGAAACGGCGGCUGGCUUAUCAAAGAAUGUCGCGAGAUUGCUCCUGUGCGAAGAGACAUGCUGGACGAAGAGUUGCAGAAACAGCUUUGGGAAUACUCUGAGAACAUGAUUCAGGAGGCUGAGAAGAGAGGUGCUAAGAAGAGGGCUGAAGCAAAAGCAGAGGGCAAAAUCAAGCCUGUCGAGACUGAAGCUAAGAAGCCAGAGACGAAGAAGACUGGUAGUCGGAGGAGUAAGAAGGCUUGA